AGCAGCAGCAUGGACAUUACCAUCCAGCACCCCUGGUUCAAGCGUGCUCUGGGACCCCUCAUUCCAAGCCGUUUGUUCGACCAGUUUUUUGGAGAGGGUCUCCUUGAGUAUGACCUCCUGCCUUUGUUCUCGUCCACUAUCAGCCCCUACUACAGGCAGUCCCUGUUCCGCAGCGUGCUGGAGUCGGGCAUUUCAGAGGUGAGGUCUGAUCGGGACAAGUUCACAAUCAUGCUGGAUGUAAAACACUUUUCUCCUGAAGACUUGAGUGUGAAGAUUAUUGAUGACUUUGUGGAAAUCCAUGGCAAGCACAGUGAAAGGCAGGACGACCACGGCUACAUCUCCCGGGAAUUCCACCGCCGGUACCGCCUGCCCGCCAACGUGGACCAGGCUGCCAUCACCUGCUCGCUGUCCAACGAUGGCAUGCUGACCUUCUCGGGCCCCAAGGUCCCCUCCAACAUGGACGCCGGCCACAGCGAGAGGCCCAUCCCCGUGUCCCGGGAGGAGAAGCCCACCUCCGCGCCCUCCUCCUAA